GACAUUGAGUGCAGACAAAUUCAAAGUAUCUCCACGAGAGCGAGGAUGUGUCGAGUAGGACAAAGUCGACUCGACCCAGAAUCCAAUGGAUGCUUGUCAAUUUUAUGAGCAUCCCCCGCAUACCCAACUUGCACACCCCCCUUUACCAACCACAUAUCUGCAUAUUACCAAUCCUGGAUCACCCAUACAUCCACAUAGCAAGUGUAUUUAUUAUCCAUCACGGCACUCCCAGUCUGACGAUGGUACCCCUCAACAAUCGAGGCGCUAAACAAACAACCACAACCACAGCCCCUUCUCCAUCCCCUCCUGUAGCCGGUAUAAUUGCAAAAGAUGUACCCCUCGCUCUAUUAUCCAUAUUUCAGCCCAUACCUUAUCAUCCGAGGGCAACGCGGGGUCCUGUGUUUCAUCCCACCUCAACCGUUCAAUCGACCGCAAGGGGAAAAGAUUCCACGAUUAACUCCCCACACGCUACGAGUUUCCGAUCCCAGAUACUCGAGUAGAGCGGGUAAGGAAGCGAUAGGCGUGGGAUACCAUAUCAGGCAAAUUGAAUUCUCAUGGAAUCCUGGCUCAGACUAACGGGAUCUAAGCAUUUUGUCGAGAUCCUGCCAUCCUGAUCCCUCCCUUCGUUACCCGGCGGCCCUUACCCUGCGAACUCGGUGAACUCGGCAAAACACUGGAAACAAAAUUUCCUUGGAAGAAAAUUAGUGAAGAGAAGAGACACCACGCCUUCUCCCGUUGCCCAAUCUCACGGACUUGAUGGUCGCGAAAGGGAUGGAGGAUUCAAGGAGGAAAAGGCAUGUCAGCUCAUGGCAGGUGGCAGCUAACAGGAAAGGAGAUUCUAUUUACACGGCAGUUCGAAGAAAACGUCCCAGCCCCCAUUCAGUUCCAUGAAAAUACGUAUCGUACGAACUUGCUACACAGAAAAGGAAGAGAGAGGCAGGAUUCGAGUCAGAAAGGCCACACUGGUAUCAUACGAUAGCAGACAACUCACUGUGCUUCUAUUCCUCCAUUCUUCCUCGAUACCCCCCAAGCCUCCCUCAGCCUAACCCUCUUUCGGGGUCUUUUUCUGUCGGGUUGCACCUCGUGAUUGCUAACCCUCGGUUUGCAUCGGUCUCAAGUUCUAAAGCGUGAAUGUACUCAUACACGGUUUCGUGCUUCAACCGUACUUCAGUACUUUCCGUCCCGAUGGAUCUGCGUACUGCUCCUUCCCAUCCGCUCCCUCCUUCUCCUCUUCCUACCUUCCCCUUAUUUCUUUAGUUGUCUUCCUCAAUUAACUCAAUUAUUCCCGUUACUCACCCAGCACCUCUCCAAAUCCUCGCUAGUGAUGCUGGUUAGCUCUCCCUAAUUAAUCCCUGAUAUGUACAGUACACUGAUGGCAAAGCUGACCCACUAUUUACAGCUCGAAUACAGCGUCGAAAAGCCUCUCAACCGUGAGCCUCCAUUGAAAGACCUUGUUCAAAACUUCAUCACCAAGACCGCCACCGCCUAUGACAGAAAUCAUGGGUAACCACUCCCUUGCGUUCAGCUACCGUAGUGAAUUCUGACCCACCCUAUUCCAGACCACUCCCUCAUAUCAAUGGCGACACCCACACGGUUCGCAUUGACGGCCUCGUGAAAGAUACCGUCCACCUCUCCAUCUCCCAGCUCCGCAAUGAUUUCCCUCAACAUGAUGUUAUUUCUGCUCUACAGGUGAAUCUCUACGCAAACACACCCCCUCCUAAUUGCCAUCAGCUAACACUGCAAUUCAAGUGUGCGGGAAAUCGCAGACAUACCAUGCGUACUGAAUUAAAAGAGGUAGACGGCAUAGAUUGGAACGACGGAGCUGUAUGCAAUUGCACUUGGAGUGGCCCGCUCUUGUGCGACGUCCUUUCCCGGAUAGGACUUACUAUGGAAGGUGAUGCACAUGUAGCCUUCUCUUGCCACAUGACGGAUUGCCAAGAGGACAGAUACUACGGGAGUUCGAUAAGCCUGGCCCGGUGCAUGGACCCAGAAAUGAAAGUCAUUCUGGCCCUGGAUGCAUGUCUUACCUUACCCUGAUCCGACCAUUUCGGUGGAAUGCUGACACAAUCUACCGACAGAUGAACGGAGCUCCUCUCACCAUCAAUCAUGGCUUUCCUCUCCGCAUCGUGAUUCCGGGAAUUGCUGGUGCGCGCUGGACCAAAUGGCUAGACCGCAUUACCAUUCAGGACGAAGAAAGCAGCAACUUUUACAUGCAGAGAGACUACAAGAUUCUACCCCCUGAGAUCGACACCCGCAAGAAGGCGAAUGACUACUGGCAUAAAGCCAAACCACUGCAAAAGAUGCCCGUUAACUCGGCGAUCUGCUACCCGACUGCCGGUGACACCAUCUUCCUGGAUAAACUCAUUAAUGGCGAGCUGGAAAUUGCCGGAUACGCGCUUCCUAAGGGUGACGAUGGUCCGGUCGUUAAGGUGGAAAUUUCGACAGACCAAGGCAAAACCUGGGAUGAAUCUAGGAUUCUCUAUCCCAACCCAGAAGAGCUAUGCAGAUCCGGUGCUGCCGAAAAGUACAAAUGGGCCUGGGCAAUCUGGCAAUACAAGCUCCCCGCCGAAAAGACCAGAAAGAUCGACAAAUCCACCAAAAUAUGGAGCAGAGCCACUGACAAGGCCGGUAACAUCCAGAAAGUCGAGGACAUAAAGUGGAACUUCAGGGGAGUCGGGUACAAUGGUUUCGGUGAGACCAAAAACCUUACCAUUAUUGACACACACGACCUGAGCAGGAAGGCUGGAAAUAUGAAGCUUGGGAAUGGAUACAAGGCAUAGAUCGGCACCUUAGACUACCCGCCAAUCAGUAAAGCACCCGGAAAAGGCGGUGCCAAGACCCUUGAAUUUGUGGGUAAAAAGGCAAGGCCUUGGCACUCCUGCACCCGGAAAUUUUAUGGAUUGGCGAGCAAUGUUUUUCUUCUCUCAUCGUAUUCUAUCGCGGCAUAGAGCUUGAGCAUUACUGUACUGUACGAAAUGAUAAUAACUGUUGAGGGCUUGC